ACCCUGAUAAAUACAAUGCUCGAUGGACAUGAUGGAUCUUCUUCUUGCAUCUUGCAUUAGAGUACUCUCCUAAAAGCAUUGCUGCUGUCCUGGAGAGGGUGGGUUGCGAUUCCAUGUGUGCUCUUUGUGUGUGCUAUUAGGGUGCUUAUCGGAUGGUGGUAUUGUCAAUUUGUCCUGAGAGAUACAACUGGUAGCUCCAUCCCUCUUAUAGUUGGGAGAGCUUCUGUCUGGAACUCUUUCAAAGUGGUCGCAGUAACCGCAGCCUCUGGUAGCCUGUUCCAAAUCCGAACAGCUCUUGGGAAAGGGCUAUAAAGGUAGCAGUCAACUCUGGUGAUGUCUGUGCACGGAAGCUGUCCAUGGUGAUAAACAGAACUUUGAAGAUCCAAGUACAAUUGAGAAAACCAUCGGUAUGAAGAAAUCAGCAAGUGCUACUCGAUUAUCAGAGGCCCCAGAGCUUAGGCAGAGUGAUACAAGCAACAGCUUAAGGACUACCAAGACACAGGUACCCUCCAAAAGGAAACUGACAUUGAGUAAUGCUACCAUGAAAGCUACUGGUACCAAGGAUGAUGAUCAACAUAAAGAUUCUGCAGAGAAGUCUUUGGUGCGGUACAUCAACAAAGUGAUGAUCAAGAAGAUAUCAGGCAAAGAAGAGCUGCGAGAUAUCACAACCCUGAAUUUGAUUCUAACAACAAAGGACAAUGGAAAGAAAAUACGGUACAUUGAAAAUCUUGAGGGUCUUACAAAUCUCCAAGUCCUGAUGAUCAACCACAACCAGAUCAGCAAGAUAGAAAACCUCCAUCACCUAAUGCGACUCAGGGAACUAAACAUCAGCUGCAAUAGGAUCAACAAGGUGGAAGGUCUGGAGACCUUAACACACCUGCAAACCUUAAACCUGUCUCACAAUCUUAUUGAGACAAUUCCAGCCUGGCUAGCCAAGAAACUCACUGCACUGAGAGCAUUCCACAUUGCUGGGAAUCUGCUUUACUCUUUGUCUGAUGUAUUUAGACUGCGUCCACUCAAGGAUCUGAUGCAGCUUUCGAUAGCUGACAAUCCAUUAUGUGACCUUCCACACCACAGGCUGUUUGCUGCGUUUCACCUUCGGACACUGCAGGUUCUAGACAAGCAGACAAUCACAGAGAGUGAGAGAAAGCAGGCAGAUGACAGGUUCGAGCAAGAGGAAUUAGAGAACCUAGAAGUGCAACUCAACAAUGAAGAGAAGAAAUUGCGAUCUCUCCAGGAGAACCACAGCAAGACGCUGAUGGAUCAGCAGCAGUCUAUGAAUCUCAUUGCAUUGCUCAAGACUAAGAAUCUAGCACAUCAACAAACCAUCAUUCAGCUACAUGGGGAAGUGCAUGCUAAAGAUGACCUGUUGAAACGCAAGACAGCUGAGUUGAACAAGGCCUGUGAGAAGCAGUUUCGAUUGGAGCAAGAACUAGCCUUCCAAAAAAUUGAUGCAAAGUUUGAGCCACUUGCAUUCCAUCUUGAUAUUGACGAGGCUGAGGGAGGUACCGAAGAGAGUCCUUACAUUGGCAAGGCUGGGUAUAAACGUAACGAAUUAGCACGCCAACAGUACUUUGAUCCUUCUAAAGGCCAAAGCAUCAGAGAGUCUCAACAGCAGGGACAAGAGGUCUUGGACAUUGAUCCGAGCCCUGAAAUACAAGAGCAGCUACAUGAUGUAUUACAGGAUAGACUGACAGACAAACAACGCCAGAUAGCUGCAGCUCAAGAACAGCUAGGUAAGCUUCAAGACAAGAUUACAGAUGCCAAGAAGAUGUUAGACGACAAAAACAGAGAGAUUCAGAGAAUGUCUACAAAAUCUACCAAAAGACCGCUUUCUGAGUCAGAGAAGCAGGAGUUGAAGCGUUGUCUAUGGGAGCGUCUGCAUGCAGUGAACAAUCUCAAGCAGCGUGUUGCUGAGCUGGAAGAAGCAAUGGAGGCAAGCCUAUACAUUGUACAGAUAAAAGAGAGAGAAAUGGAGAGACUGAAACAUCAGCUGCCUAACCAAAAACACCCACAAUAUGCAGAGGCUGCAACCGAGAUUUCAAGCAAGGAACAAGAGCUGACUGAUGCAGGUGAUAAAUAUCAGGAUCUUCAACGAGAACUGGAAGAGAUUGUGGCCCUGCUAUCUGAGGAGAUGGAAAAUGUCAAUCAAGUCAAGGAACAGGUAGCGCAAGCAAAAGUGGACCUGAAUGACAACCUGAAAGAAGAACUGGAAGAUGCUAUUGCUGGUUUGACUACCUUAAUGCAAGAGGCACAACGAAAGGCAAAAAAGGAGGACUGCAAGAACAAAUUUCUGCAGAGGGAGAGAGAUCCACUACUGGGACAGCAGCAACAAGCAGAGAAGGGCAAAACAGGGCUUGGUGAGGAUGACUUCAUGCCCAGGGAUUUGGAAGAUAUACAAAGAAGAUUAGCUGGAUUACAGGCAGCUCUUGCAGCAGCUGAAGCAGAGAAACAUCAGCUGAAAGCUACUUUACAAGCUGAGCAUAACAGUAAACAAGCUGAAGAGAAUGAAACACUAAAAGCGGCUAAAGAGGCUGACAGAUUGAACACUGCCCUCAGAAGACAGAAACAACAAGCACAGCUAGAAAAUGGUAUGUUAAAGAAGCAACUUUAUGCACAGAGGAGACAGGUUGAAGCUCUUAGGCAGUCCAUUGACCAGUCACAUGACUGUGCCAAGAAUGAGGUGGUAGCCAACCUACUCGGAAAACUGCAGGCACAGAGAGAGGAAUUAGAAGACCAACUAUACAGUCAGCAAGAACAAAUGCAAGAAGCUUUGGGUGCUUUGUUGCAUCCAAGUGAUGUGAUUGCUCGCAUCAGUCAGCUGCAGAGGCAUCUAGAGCAAGGAAGAGGUAAGACAAAACCCUUCGAUGACAAGGACAUCUUGGGGAAGUCAUUGGCUGAGCUGGAAGACCUGAUGAGAGAGAGGCUGAGGGAGAAAGAGGAGGCUUGCAAACAACAGAAAAAGGCUGAGAGGGAGGCAGACACUUUGAGGAAGCAGAUGGCUGCUUUAAAGGAGCAGCUUGAACAGGUUGAGAAUGAAUGUGCCAGACUAGAUGUAGACUCACCAGACUUUUCUUUAGAAGAAAUAAAAGUUAUAAGACAACAACACAAUGCAAGAGAGAAUAUUGGGGAGAAUAAGGCCAGGCAGGAGGAGGAUGCCAUGAUGGAAGCUUUGAGAGGCCAAGUCAGGACAUUACAAGAGAAACUGAAACGACAUCAGCCACACCAUUUUGUUCAGGUUGAGUCUUUAGCCAAGGCAAGAGCUCGACAAAUUGCCCAGGAGCUUGCAAGAGCUGAAGAUAAGAUGUUAAAACUACAUCAGGCCCUAGUUGAUAGAGAGAAAUUAUUGCAACAAGAGAUGCAACGAGGGGAUGUAGCCUCCCAGACUCUGGCUACUCAGCAGAUACAGAUGGAUGCUUUAUAUGACACACUGGAAGAGCAGAAAGCUGAGAUACUGAAACUACAUGAUGCACUGAACAGGCUUGUGAUACCAAAACCAGGUAUGGCAGCUGCUCAACCUUCUGUACGUGAUUAUGAUAUUGAACAUUUGCUCCGAGAGAUUGAAAGACUGAACUAUGCACUACAGCAGCAGGAGAAGCACAUGUCAACCCAGGGGCUCCUACAGUUUGGGGAUCAACCUAUAAAUAACCUUAGACCCACCUUUGUUGGUGACCUGCAAGCAGGGUUGCAUCCUAUUCCGUAUACAUACACUUCACCUGAGCAGCCUACAGGAAAAGCUGCGGACCAUUUGCAAUCCCAAACUUCACCCAUCCGUACAUAUCAGCAAUACCUAUCACCAGCCUCUACCCAUAACACAGUUCAAGACUUCCCAACAAACCAACCAACAGAUCAACAGCAAGAAUUCCCGCAAUCCUCUGGACAUACAAGGCCUGGUAGGAUAUUAUCCAGUGUUGCUUCAAUGAUGCAACCAGUUGGUAACACAUAUGGACAACAACAGGCUGCAGAUACCCAGACAAGUUAUGUACAUGUCCCUGUUCUGCUGGCUAAUGCCCAAACAUUUGGAACUACAGAAGUACAGCAGCAAGUUGGCAUUGUACCAGGAACAAAAGGAACUCGAGGUAUUGUUCAAGAAACCCCAACAGUCCAAUCGGGAGUGGUAUCCCCUACCAGUCAACCAGUCAUUACCCAGGUACCCAUAUCACUGCAAGGGGCCCCCACACCUGGACUUGUGCUAAGAACCACAGUCCCUUCACAACCAACUCCACUUAGAGACUCUGGUCAUAAUUCUGAGGAAAAUACCCAUACUUGUGAUGGAAUGGCAGGAACAGAGGGGAAAUCAGAGAGUGCUCAAACAGAGAGGGGCAAGAAUAGCAGGACCAUUAUUUUACCCCAAGGGAGUCUGUUCUGCAAUGUCCAUGAACACCAUUGGAUGGAAGAUGAAGUUGCACGUCUUAAAAGGCUUCUGGCAGAAUGCAGGAAAUAUGAGAGGAAAAGAGCAGAUUCAGAAACAGAGAAAUUUGAAUCAGUCCUUGAGAAUCAGAAUAAGGAGCUUGAAAUGUUAGAGCUUGCUAUCCAGAGACAGCGUGAAACUUUGAGGGUGCUGCACAAUGCUGACAUUGAUAUAAGACGUGAGAGAGAUGCUGCAGUGAGGGAAUUGGAAGAACUCAACAGUAACAUUGAUAGGAAAACAUGUCGAAGGGAUUUCCUUGAGGGACGAAAGACAAUCACACCAGAGGAAACAGAUUACAAACUACUGGAUGCAUAUAUACAUCAAGACCACCAAAAUGAUGAGAUUGAGUGUCUUGGGAGGACCUUGGUCAAGAGAAGAGCAGAGCUACGGGUUGCUGAUCAGCUUCUUCAGGAAUGCCAAGCUGAACUCAAAGAUGCAACAGAAAAGGUAAGAAGCACCCUGGAGCAGUAUGACAAAGCCUCCAAGAACCUUAAGCAGACAGUGGAGGAUGCAGAAGAGAUAGAAAAGCGCUCCUUGCAAGCGUCCAGAGACCUGCUCCAAGUCCAGGACCACCUGGGUAACAUGCAGCAGGAGGUGAAAGAUAUUGAGGAGAAAAGGCAGAGUCGGGAAGAAAAAAUGAAAGCAGUAGAUGAAGUGCUGAGUGAGAAGGAUAACAUGUUCAGGGUGUUGGAAGGAAAGAUAGAACGGGCUACACACAGACUACAGAAACUUCAGAUAGAUUCAUUGCUACUUGAAGAGAAAACAGCCAAACAACAGGACAGUGCUAAACAGCAGAACCAACUCAUAGCCGAGAGAACCACAGAGCUGCAUAAACUUGAAGAACAGGUGGAAGAGGAAAGCAAACGAUUGAUUGAAAUUGACCAUGAGAUUGGCAGUAAACAGACAGAUCUGAAUAACCUGAUCUCUGAUUUAGACAAUAACAGCAAGGAUCUUGUCAUAGCUUUGAGAGAUGCGGAGAAUGAACUGAUGUCGUUUAAACAGAAAAUUAAAGUGAGUCUCUCUUCUCGUAAGAUAUUAUCAAAACCUAGCCUAGCUUCGUGUCCAAUUUCAGCUAUAUCUCUGGCUUCAGCAUCUUUGCGAAGUUUUUAAUGUCUAGUGAGAGAGCCCCAUAGACUUAUUCGACGACAGCCAUUUUCUGAAAUGGCACCAGGCUCACUUGAGUUGAACUCAGGUAGUAUGCAUGCACAUUGGGCUCUUUUGAAAGAACGUGUGCGGCAUAUGCAUGCGGAAGUGAUCUUAAAAAUGGCUUCUUGUUUUGUUUGCUGACUUGGUCCAUUGAAAAUACUCUCAACUUUGACUCUGUUACAGAAUUUGGGUGUUUCUAAUAGACCUACAUUGUGCCAGAGGGUUGCAUGUAAGGAGCCUAAAAUGUAAUAAGCCAGAGAAGAAAGAUUUUAAAAAAGCUUGUUUUUCAUGUUAAUACUCAAUACAUCUAGUUUGUCCUUGAUUGACUCUAUGCAUGAGUUCAGAGGGUGUUGACCUUAGCUUACAAAAUAAAAUAGAUUGAAGGGGAUGAGUUCGCUGGUUCACAUUUGAUGUCCUUCCAUAUACAAUCGGGAAUCAUUGAUACUUCAUCAGGAAGGUGGACCUCACCAACUC